AUGUGAUCGGCUACAGAGCCGGAAGUGCUGGUGGAAUCACCUCGAUCUGUAUAAAGAGUAUUUAUUAGAUCAGGAUCAGGAUCAGGAUCAGGAGUGUGUUCAUGUGGAGCUCAGACACACAGAGCGGUGCAGGAACACAGGAAGGUCUUCAUAAAGGUGUUCAUCAGCGCUGUGGAGUCAGGAAGAAAUGAGCGCCGUGUAACUGAACAACAGACUGAGAUCUACUGAGAUCUACUGAGAUCUACUCUCUAUUCUCUUUAUACCACAUGUGUUAGGAUGAACACAGAAGAAGUGGAGCUGCUCAGUGACUCUAAGUACAGGAACUACGUGGCGGCAGUGGAUAAAGCUCUGAAGAAUUUUGAGUACUCGAGCGAAUGGGCCGAUCUCAUCUCAGCUCUCGGAAAACUCAACAAGGUGCUGCAGAACAAUGCGAAGUAUCAGGUGGUCCCCAAGAAGCUGACGAUCGGGAAGCGUUUAGCCCAGUGCCUUCACCCAGCACUGCCCAGUGGAGUUCACCGCAAAGCUCUGGAGACGUACGAGAUCAUCUUCAAGAUCAUCGGUCCAAAACGCCUCGCCAAGGACCUGUUCCUGUACAGCUCUGGACUUUUCCCCUUGCUGUCGAACGCCUCGAUGUCGGUAAAGCCGGUGCUGUUGGGUUUGUACGAGACGUUUUAUCUCCCGCUCGGGAAAACACUGAAACCUGGACUGCAGGGACUCCUGACUGGUGUACUGCCGGGACUAGAGGAGGGAUCUGACUACCAUGACAGGACGAAUGCGCUGUUGGAGAAGGUGGCGUGUGCAGUGGAGCAGUCGGUGUUCUACAGCGCCCUCUGGGGGAGCAUCCUGACCAGCGCGUCAGUCAGACUGCCGGCCAUCAGCUUCGUCCUCCUGCAUCUCAACCGUAAACUCUCCAUGGAGGACCAGCUGUACAUCAUCGGGAGUGAUAUUGAGCUCAUGGUGGAAGCAGUCAGUACGUCUGUUCAGGACUCCAGUGUGUUGGUUCAAAGGAGUACACUCGACCUCAUCUUGUUCUGCUUCCCUUUCCACAUGAGCCAGGCCACGCGUCCUGAUAUGAUCCGGAUCCUCUCUGCAGCGCUGCACGUCGUCCUGAGAAGAGACAUGUCACUAAACCGCCGCCUGUACGCCUGGCUUCUGGGCUUUGACAACAAUGGUCUGAAAACAGGUCCUCGGAACAGUCGCCUGAGUAACCCAGAGGAACACGCAACACACUACUUCAACACUUACUCCAAAGACCUGCUGGUUCAGGCCAUGGUUGGGAUUCUGCAGGGAAAAGCUCGAGGUGGUGAGGAGGAGAGCGCUCUGAUGCACGAUCUGAAACCUUUCCGCAUCCUCAUCAGUCUACUGGACAAACCUGAGCUGGGUCCCGCCAUCCUGGAGGACGUUCUAAUCGAAGUGUUCAGGACCUUACACACCCAGUGCCGAGCAGAACUGGACCUGCAGAACCACAACCCCUUCUGCAAAGACCACACCCAACUCAGCAGUAAGCUGAGAGAGAACAAGCGCACAGCCGAGCUGAUCAAGACGGCGAACCUGUUAUUUAACUCCUUUGAGCCGUACUACAUGUGGGAUUACAUCGCGCGCUGGUUCGAGGACAGCUGCAGAAAAACUCUGAGUGUAUCAGACUCUUCACUCCUCUCACUGUUCGAGUUCUGCCAACUCAUCGACUUCCUGUUGGACAUCGUGUCUCUGCCCACUAGAAGUAUGCGAGUGAUCUGCCAGGAGACGUAUAUAGAGAUCCAGACAGAACACCUGCCCCAGUUAUUGUUGAGGAUGGUGUCUGCCAUCACGCUGCAUCUCGGAGCUCUCAGUCUGUCGGAGCUCAAACACUGUCUGUGUCUCUGCUCCAAAAUCCUCAGCAAAGUCCAGCCUCCACUCGUCUCUCCACUCAUCCUCCCAUCCUGCAGCUCCGCCCGAGAGCAGGACACGUGGCAGUCUGUCCCGUCGUCUCUGGAUGUCCCAGUCAGCGAGGACGUGUUUGAGGACAGAGAAAGUCACUCGGCCGUUCGUUCUCCGGAGAGCAGCUUUACAGAAUUUGUUCAGUACGAGGAGGCGGAGUCUGAUGACCACGCCCCUCCAUGCUCCAAUCCCAGACUCCACCCUUCUCCUGCAGUGUGUAAAGCCAGGGGCACUCCUGUGAUGCAACGCUGCCUCGAGGACUUCCAGCAUUUCCUGUGCAGACUGGUUGAGCUCUACAUCGCCCCGGGGCAUGGAGGGGGCGGGGCUAAUCAGGGGGAGGCGGGGUUAACAGAGAGCAUGUGUGUAUUUGAUCAGAAGGAGUGUGUAUGUGCGUUCACGGCUGCGUGUCAGCUCUUCUUGGAGUGUUCCAGCUUCCCCGUGUACAUCGCAGAGGGAAACCUGAAAUCUCCCAGCCGAGAUGAGAGUGAAGACAGUGGCAGUGUGACUCCGCCUCCUCAGUGGCUCGAGGCUCUGAUGAACGCCUGUUUCUCGGAGUUGGACUUUAGCGUUCGUGCCGUCUCCAUCUCUCUCCUCAUGGACCUGGUGGGCCUGACUCAGUCCGUCGCCAUGGUGACAGCAGAGCGGGUGGGCGUGGCCGACUCCUCUCAGCCGAUGAGCCCGAGUCAGGGCCGUGUCGCCGUGGUGAUCAGGCCGCCGCUCACGCAGGGAAUGUUGAAGCACAUCGCCGAAAACACAGACUUCUUCAAGAGUGUGGCAGUGUUGUUGUGGGAUCAGCUGGGCAAAGCGACUCCUCAGCAUCAUCAGCGCAGCGUGGAGAUGUUCUAUCAGCUGCACAACCUGGUUCCUUCAGCCAGCAUCUGUGAGGACGUCAUCAGUAACCAGCUUAUGCACAGAGACAAGAGGAUCCGUCUGGAGGCUCAUGUCAAAUUCUCAGUCUUGUGGCAUCUCACCCGAGACCUGAACAUCACCAAGUCUUCACCUUUCAGCCGCACCUUCGACAGGUCUCUGUUCAUCAUGUUGGACAGUCUGAGUUUCUGGGACGGUUCAGUGAGCGCUGUGGGACGAGCGUGGUUCAAUCAAGUGCUCCAAAGACACGACAUCGCCCGAGUUCUUGAGCCACUUCUUCUGCUGCUGCUGCAUCCUAAAACACACCGCGUGUCCGUCCAGCGCGUUCAGGCUCAGCGCCACUGGACCUGGGUCUAUUCUGACCCCCUGGCACCAGAACCCGGAUCAGAACCACACGGAGCAGGAUGUCUUGGGCACACAUGCUGCACUGACCCAGAUUAUUGUAUGUCUCAGGAUAACCUGAAGGUCCAAGUCCUUCCUGUGGAUGAUAUGGAGCCCUUCAGCCUGACGGUGAACCCUUUAAGUGACAGUCUGUCUUUUCUGAGCCUCAGCAUUGAAAACUUACAUUUUUGUGGUGAAUAUCAACCUCCAGAGCAGCAGGGGGAGCCACUGAGCUCAGAGUCCACUGGCUCCCAGUCCUCCACUGUGGACAACGGCAGCCUGAGCGAGCUGGAAGGAAGUAGUCACACAUGUGAUCAGGCAGCACAAGAGACAGAUUAUGAAGACUCCCUAAAAAUGGUUGUUUCUGUGAUUCUUGAUGAACUGAUGGAAAGAGUGGUGCAAAUGGUGGAAGAGUCCUCAGGGGAGACAUAUUCACCUUCAGAAGUUUGGACUCGAAGUGACUCAGACAGUUCCAACACAUCAGAAGCAUCCGUCGAACACCAGGCCAACAUGGCACCAUUUCCUGGCACCCAGUGUCGAACACUUCCUGAAUUGGUGGCUGGAGGCACAUUGGAAUUUCUCACAGUUCCUUCUUCAGGUGAUGAACCCCAUGAAGGAAUAACAAGACACAGUUCCUCACCUUCCAUCGUCACACUUCCAGAGAGUAGUGGACACGGUAGUCCAGAGCUGAGCUUGCUCUCUGAUGACCCUCGGUCCCGAAAACGCAGCCACAGCAGCACUCAGCUUAGCUUAAAGGGUAAAAUUAUGGAGCGUCUCACUGAGAAAUCUCCUGGAGCCAAGCCAAAGGUGAAGAAGAACAAGAAAAAAGAGGAGGAACGUAGAAAAUCAAACCAGGCAGAUAAGAACCGUCCCCCCAGCAUCUUCUUUGGUGACAGCUUGGACUUGGAGAAUUGGUACAGCUGUGGUGAAGGAGAGGUUUCUGAGAUUGAGAGUGAUAUUGGCUCUCCUAGUGGUGGUGCAAGUGGAGUGCCAGGUUCAUCGCGAUCUUCUACAUGUCCUACUCGCUUUAACAUCCACCCCCUUUACCAGCAUGUCCUGCUGUACCUCCAGAUCUAUGAUUCCUCUCGGGCUCUCCAUGCUCUUUCUGCCAUAGCUGCCAUGUUGCGCACUUCUCCUGCCGGCUUUGUCAACGCUAUCUCGACCACUAGCAUCAACAACACCUACACACCUCAGCUCUCGCUGCUUCAGAACCUUCUAGCCCGUCAUCGCGUUUCCGUCAUGGGUAAAGAUUUUUAUUGCCCCAUUUCACAGGAUUCGCAUUCGCAUUCCUUCCGCAGUGCCAUGUACCUAGAGAUCAUCAUUUCACUGUGCCUCUACUUUUUGAGAAGUUAUUAUUCUUCACACGUUCCAGCAGCCCCACAGGACCUAACAGGAAACCGGGCCAUGCAACUGACCAGCAUAGAAGUCCUGACACUGCUCUUCAACGAGCUGGCCAAGGUGACAGGCAGCUCAGCUAAAGGGUUUGCCAGGUUUAUCUGCGACGUCCUGUCCAAGUGCAAGGUGCAGAAAGUGGCACUGCAUUGCCUGCUCUCGUCCAUCUUCAGCGCUCAGAAGUGGCAUGAGCAGCUCAUGCGUGGAACCAACCUGCCCACAGUCGAGGAGGGAUUGUCUGAGGACAGUGUCAUCAAUUUGUCUGAGGACCAGCUGGAUGGCUGCAGCGGCGUACAGUCGCAACUCCUUCGCCUGCUUCAGAGCCUCAUUGUCCUCGAGCAUCACGUCCUGGUCCCUGGAGAUGAAAAUGGAGAAGCUGGUCCAGGAACUGGGAACUCGGGAGGUGGUGGUGCAGCUGGGGGUGGAGGUUUUGAGAUUCUGGGUGGAGAAGUGGAACAUGUAAAUCCUCAACAGCCAUUGGCUUCACUGCAGUACCUGCACGGGCAUCCAAUUACUGCACAGGGGAUGUUUUUAUGUGCAGUGAUUCGAGCGCUUCAUCAGCACCAUGCCUGUAAGAUGCACCCACAGUGGAUUGGCCUGGUGACGGCCACGCUGCCCUACAUGGGUCGGGUUCUGCGUCGUGUGGUCGCUUCCGUGACUUUGCAGCUCUGCAGGAACCUGGACAACUUGAUCCAGCAGUACCGCUAUGAGACCGGUAUCACAGACACCAGGCCCCUGUGGAUGGCGCUGUGUAUUCCUCCUGAUCUGAUCCUCACUGUGCUGGAGGGAGUGACAGCCAUUAUUCAUUACUGCCUGCUCGACCCGUCGUCUCAGUACCAUCAGCUCCAGGUGAGUGUGGAUCAGAAGCACCUGGCUGAAGCACGCUCCGGCAUCCUGUCCAUCCUCCACACCAUCAUGUCCUCAGUCACGCUGCUCUGGAGUGCACUUUACCUGGCUGACAGCUCUGAGCGACCUAGUGGCGCCACCUGCAGCUCCAACAUCAACCUGGGCUCCACUAAGAAUCUCCGACAGCAGAUCCUCGAGCUCCUUGGGCCAAUCUCUAUGAACCACGGAGCUCACUUCAUGGCUGCUAUCGCUUACGUCUGGAACGAACGAAAACAGAACAAAGCUCCUGCCAGGAACAAGGUAAUUCCUACAGCGAGUGAUGAACAGCUCCUCCUGGUGGAUUUAGUGAGAAGUGUUAAUGCCAUGCGCACUGAGACCGUCAUGCAGAUGGUGAAGGAGGUCCUAAAGCAGCCGCCGGCCAUCGCCAAGGAGAAGAAACAUCUCUCUCUUGAGGUCUGCAUGCUCCAUUUUUACGCUUAUGUUCAGAGGAUUCCAGUGUGUAGUUUAGUGGACAGCUGGAGCUCACUGCUCUCUCUGCUCAAAGACUCGGUACAGCUCAGCCUUCCUGCUCCUGGACAGUUUCUCCUCCUCGGAGUUCUAAAUGAAUUUAUUUUGAAGAAUCCGACUCUGGAGAGUAAGAAGGAUCAGCGUGAACUGCAGGACGUGACCCAUAAGAUCGUGGAGGCCAUCGGGACCAUCGCAGGUUCCUCUCUAGAGCAAACAACAUGGUUGAGGAGGAACCUGGAGGUGAAACCUUCUCCCCAGAUCGUAGUGGAAGGAGCAGGGCUGGAGUCAGACGUAGAGGACCUAAUGCUCACAGUGAUGGAGGCGUCCAGUUUCACUCCUUCAGUCUACAGUGUUCAUGCUCUCACACUGCUAGCAGAGGUGUUGGCUCACUUGUUGGACAUGGUGUUCUACAGUGAUGAGAAGGAGAGAGUGAUCCCCCUGCUGGUCAACAUCAUGCACUAUGUUGUGCCAUAUUUACGCAACCACAGUGCCCACAACGCUCCAAGUUAUCGUGCAUGUAUUCAGCUCCUGAGCAGUCUGAGUGGAUAUCAGUACACACGGAGAGCGUGGAAGAAAGAAGCUUUUGACCUGUUCAUGGAUCACACCUUCUUCCAGAUGGAUGCGUCGUGUGUGAGCUACUGGAGAUCCAUCAUAGACCAUCUGAUGACCCAUGAUAAGACCACUUUCAGAGACCUGAUGACACGUGUAGCUGUCGCUCAGAACAGCUCUUUGAAUCUCUUCACAAAUCGGGAUGCGGAGUUGGAGCAGAGAGCCAUGCUGCUGAAACGCCUCGCCUUCACCAUCUACAGCAGCGAAGUGGACCAGUACCAAAAGUACCUCCCAGAUAUACAGGAGCGCUUGGUGGAGUCUUUGCGUCUCCCUCAGGUACCGAUCUUGCACGCUCAGGUGUUCCUGUUCUUCAGAGUUCUGCUGCUGCGAAUGUCUCCUCAACAUCUCACCUCGCUGUGGCCCACCAUGAUCACUGAGCUAGUUCAGGUGUUCUUGCUGAUGGAGCAGGAGCUCACAGCAGACGAAGACAUUACCAGGACAUCAGGUCCCUCAGUUGCAGGAUUGGAGACGACGUAUUCAGGAGGAAACGGAUUCUCCACGUCCUAUAACAGUCAGCGGUGGCUCAAUCUCUACCUGUCUGCCUGUAAACUGCUGGACCUGGCGCUUACACUGCCCUCUGAGAGCCUCCCACAGUUCCAGAUGUAUCGCUGGGCUUUUAUCCCUGAGUCCUCGGAUGAUUCGGGUCUGGAAGUGCGCAGGCAGGGGACACACCAGAGAGAGUUUAAACCCUAUGUAGUGCGUCUGGCGAAGCUGCUGAGGAAACGAGCGAAGAAAAGCGCAGAAGACGACGUCUCUGCUCGGACGUUAGCGUGGGAACCCGGACGCUUGACCCUGACCCUGUUCGGGAUCCGCAGCAUCGAGCAGCUCCUGCCCUUCUUCACCGUGCUCAAUCAGGUGUUCAGCAGCAAAUCGGGCAUCAGGUCAGCGUCCUUCCACAGCAGCUCCUCUCCCGGCGACGCCCCCAAAAACAGCAAACACGAGAGUCAGAAGAUGUUCUGGAGCCGAGCCAGACACGAGAUCGAGGAGAUGGUGGAGAAAGACUUCCUGGAAGGGCUCAUAAAAACAUGAUCCAACCUGAAACCCAGACUGUAAAUAACUGUGGGAAACACGAACACCUCAACUUUUACAUGAAAUCAAAACAGGAAGUAAUUAUUACACAAGAAAUGUUUGUAUAUGUUUUUUCUUUUUCUAUUUAUAAUUGUUUUUUGUUUUUCUUUAAAGUCUUUAUUUAAUUAAGAGCCUUUAAUCUGUGGAGGGAUGUGAAGCUCUCCGUCCUUUAAACCCUCAGAAUAAUGUGAAGAUUCUCAUUCCAUGUGGUGGUGAAAAUAUCACAUCAUUAAUAAAAAUCACGAUAAGAAAUGA